AUGCGGGACCACGGAGGAACCGCUGGUGCUGGGGGGAUGACGGGGAGUGUUUAUAAACACUUAUUAAAUACGCCAAACAAUCUGGAAGUCCCGGAUUCGUGUCCCCGGGAAGAAGUUUACGUUUGCAGACGCCAGUUUACAUCCACGGGGAGCAGAGUGCUUACGUCCCAGCGUAGUGAAAUUGCGUUGAGCGGGCGGGGUUUAUCACACUGGGAGAGACCAUUCACCUGCUGUGUGUGUGGGAAGGGAUUUACGCAUUCAUGCAACCUUGUGACACAUCAGCAAGUUCACUCUGAGGAGAAGCCAUUCACCUGUGCUGUGUGUGGAAAGGGAUUUGAUCGAUCAUCACACAUUGUGACUCACCAACUUCUUCACACUGAUGAGAGACCGUUUAAAUGCCCAAACUGUGAGAAGAGUUUUAAAUGCAGAAAGGAUCUGAUGACACAUCAACGUAGCCACACCAGGAAGAGGCCAUUCACCUGCUCUGUCUGUGGGACAAGCUUUAAAAGCAAAAAGCACCUGCUGUCACACCAGUAUACUCACAAAGAGGAGAGGCUAUUCACCUGCUGUGUGUGUGGGAAAGGAUUCACUCGUCCAUCUCGCCUGCUGUAUCACCAGGUGAUUCACACUGGGGAGAGACUAUUCACCUGCACUGUGUCUGGGAAGGGAUUCAUUAAUUCAUCCAACUUUCUGAUACACCAGCAACUUCACACAAGAGAUAGACCUUUCAGCUGCUCUGACUGUGGGAAGGGAUUUACCUGUUCGUGUAACCUUCUGACACAUUAG